CAACAUUGGUGAAGCUCCAGUCAUAGGGAGAGUCCUUCAUGAUCCAUCACGGCUCCAUGGUCCAGCAUCCCACCCCAUCUCGUCCUAUAACCCAACACCCCCAUAUACACUAGCAGAUAUCCAACCCCGUUCCCAAACCAGGACCUGACGCUUUCAGAAGGUUUCAUCAAGGGUCCGCACAGGUACAAGGAGAAGCAUGGCUGAUAAACUGGGAAUGGCAGCGGUGGCAGAUGAGCCCAGCGCCCUAAACAUCUUCACUCUUCUGGAGAGGGUGUCUGGGAUCAUAGACACCGUACAGGCGUGCCAGCAACGUAUGGAAGAGCGACAACUAGAGCUGGAGAACACCAUGAAGGCCAUCCAGGGGGAUGUCGUGAAGCUGACGAAGGAGCACACGGUGACGAGUAGCAUCGUCGAGAAACUUCUGGAGAAAACGCGCAAGGUCAGCUGCCACAUCAAGGACGUCCGUGUCCGUGUGGAGAAGCAGAACAUCCGAGUAAAGAAAGUGGAGGAGACGCAGGUCGAGUUGCUGAACAAGAACAAGUUUCGCGUGGUCAUCUAUCAGGGAGAUAAUGAGGUCCCAGCUGCCCCCAAAUCCUCUCCAAAGGGGGCAUCGGGCGGAGACGUCUCCGUAGACCCAGACGCUCAAGAGAUUGUGCUUCCCGACUCCGACGAGGAGUACAUGGUGGUCGAGGAGGCCAACGACUCCACGGCUGUCAAAAUGAAGAAAACCGGCCUAAAACGCAUCGAAAGCCUGAAGCAAACCUUUUCACGCGAGAACAUGACCAAGACCAGGGAGAGCCUGGGUAGCAAAGUCAACAAGCUGGGCGAGCGUAUCGUGCCGACCGAACGACGUGACAAAAUCCGCCAGUCGGGGGAGCGCCUGAAGGAAAAGCUGAACCUGAAAAAGGAGAGGACGGUGGCUGAAGGUCAGGAGGGAGCAGAGGGGACCACAGAAGGAAAAGCACCCAUCCCACCACCGAAGGGUCGGAAGGCCGGUGCCGACGUAGCCUACACUGAGCCGACGGAGAAACAAGAAGGUGCGGAUGAGGGCAAGGGUGAGGAAUCUGAAGUGCCGAUGUACGAUAUGAAGCAGCUUUCUUAAGCAGCAAGUAUUACUAGGAGAAAUCACAUUUGGGAAAGACUAAUGUAGAGAUUAUGAAGAACUUGAAGGUGUAAAGACUGGGAUCUUAUUGUGAGGAACAGUGGAUGGUGCUUACAGUUGAAACUGACAGAAGAAAGAUGGAAGUUGUACACUAUAUAGUACACAAUCUUUUUUUCUUGUUUACAGAUAUUAUGGACUCUGAAAAGUUGUGAAUGUUAAACCAAUGUACUAUAAAGUAAUAUAAGUAGGGUAUGAUUUUUCAUUUUAAACUGAGCUAAAAGGUGAACUCAGUAUUUAUUUUGUAUUGGUCAGCAUCAAGGUAGCGUAUAGCUUGUCCUGCUUUAUGUAAAGUACUGUAGCUUUUUCUAGGACACGGAUAUGACUGGUCAAACUUUAGAUAUACUUUAUUUAACAAAGUACUGAGUGCACCUUUUAGGAAUAGGAUAUCAUUUGUAAGGCGUGUGUGACAGAUUUUAAGAAAUGUUUUUUUUUUCUGAAAUGGCUGAAUGAACAGUCAAUCAUUGAUACACGACGGGGAACAGAAGUGAAUUCUGGACUUUCUCUUCAGAACUUUUGAUAUAUUCUUGUGUUGAUUGACAUUCAGCAUGAGCUGUCAAUGAUGAAUAACAUCGUUUUAUUUUCAUUUAAUAGUUUUGAUGUUGUGGUUGUUUUCUUUUGGAGUAUAAUGCAUUAACUGGCCCUUUGUAAACACACAUUUGGGUGAUUCUCGCGAAAUUAGACUUAUGAGGUGUCAUGAAACAUUUUGAUAAAAAGUAAAUGCAAGGUAAGGGUAUCAAAAUAAGAAGUAUACAGUUACAAACAUCUCAAUGUACUAUUUUGCACAUGAUUUCAAAUGAUAUCAUACAAACCAAUUUUGUUUUUUUCACAUUUAAGGGGAACAUUUUCAUUACCGCAACGUGUCCAUGACUGGAUUUUGGUUCUUUGACAUGGAAAAUUUAUAAUAAAAAAAUCUAAAAAAUAAAAAGCUUCAGUGCAUGUUAUACUAUAAACAUUUACAGUAAAGAAACAUGCCGUAUUUGGUAAAUGUAGAGACAAUAAUAAGGAAUUUAAAUGUGUCCAAGAUCAUUUUCUCAUCCUCCGCAACAAUUUUCAAUCAUUGUUUAAGCCCUCAAGGAACUAACAUUUAAAAAAUAAUGUUGUAAGGGACAUAAUUGACUGUGGCACUCAAGAAGGCUACCAGGUAAGCAGUUCUUAUUUUUUCUCUCCAGAUAAAAGUUGAAAUUUAGUUUUUCAUAGUACCUAGACAACUUUUUAGUUCUCAUUAUCGAAACAUGAGUUUGUAAAUGCAUAUAUUUAAUGUAAUAUCAUGUAGUGGUAAUGAUAUUUUUUGAUAAUGAUAAUCUAAAAAAUGUAAAUAAUUCUAUAGGAAAUAUUUUUUAAAUCCUCUAAAAAUAAUGGUUAUAGUAAGUUCAGACCUUAAUCUUAUAUGUGCAAAAAAAAUUGGCUUCAAGUGCUUUUAAAAAAAUCUGAUGUUGGACACCUUUUAAGUCUGGAUUUCGUGAGAAUCACCCAUUUUCUGUGUAAUAAAACAUGUAACCUUCAAAAAACAUCAACUUUUGCUAUUUAAACUUGGUGAAUGAACAUCAUUAUUUAAGUGAAGGAUUUUUAAAUAAAUGUAUUAACUUAA